AUGCACGAAGCGUAUGAAGUUUCACAUCUGCUUAAUGCCACCGUGCAGAUCGAAGCAAUAGCUGCAUUCGAGAAUAACCUAUUAUUAGGUACGAGGCAAGGCCAUUUAUUGAUGUACUCUUUAUCAACAAAUAAUGAAGAGCAAAAGUAUCAGGUACAUUUGUUAAGAUACAGGAAGAAUUUUAGCAAAAAACCUAUUCAGCAAAUUGAAGUUAUACCGGAUGAAAAUCUAUUAUUAUGUCUGACAGAUUCUACACUAGCUACAUACAACAUUAAUGGUGUUAAUUUUCCAUUGAUAAAAACUUUUGAACAGACAAAGGGUGCUUCACUUUUUGCUUUGGAUUGUAAGGUUUCAUCAAGUAAUGGUGCAGCGUCAUCUGAUGUUCGCCUUUGCGUUGCAGUAAGGAGGAAACUUCAAGUGUACUGCGGGAGUAAGGGUGAAUUUAAACAUAUGCUAGACCUAAAUAUACCAGAUGUACCUAAAGUAAUGGCCUGGGGUCUGCAGUAUCUAUGUGUGGGAUUUAAAGCGGAGUACACCCUAUAUGAUGUGUCAGAUGGAAAACCAAAAGAACUAUUUCCCACAAGUAGUUCUAAAUCAUUAGAGCCAACUAUUUCUAAGUACACAGAGACAUCUUUCCUAGUAGGACGUGACCAAACUUCGGUUCUUAUAGAGGAGUCUAAUAAAAAUGUCGAUAUAAAGAAAACUAUUAAAUGGAAGGAGGCGCCUCUUGCUGUGGUGUGGGAUCAGCCGUUUGUACUGGGUCUAUUGCAAGAUCAAGUUGUUGUGCAGACUGUGGAGCCAGCGUUUUAUAUACAAUCAUUGUCCGAAUUGAAUAAAGCAAGACUGAUGUACAGAUGCAAACGAGGCUUAAUAUUCGUGGCUUCCGUCGGACAGGUGUGGUGUCUCAGCUUAGUCGACAUAACGAAACAAAGGCAACAGUUACUGAAAGACAAACAGUUCCAAAUAGCUAUAGAGUUAACUACGCUGUCACAAUGCUCGCCCGAGGAGAAAAAACAAAAAAUACAUUCCAUACAAGUGCUGAAUGCACUAGAAGACUUCGACAACAAAUGUUACACGCAAGCGAUGCAGGAAUUCGCCAAACUAAACACCGACCCGGCCGAUGUCAUCAAAUUGUUUCCUGAACUAGACGGCCGUACAGACGGCGAGAAAAGUGGAAAGCUGAAAGGGAAAGAUUUAGAGAACGCUCUGAACGCACUUAUACCGUAUUUAGUUGAAUUGCGAAGAAAGAUCGGUAAGGGCAGUCCCGAACCUAACGGGUCUCCUCCGCAAGAGGGAACCAGCCAAAGAAACGUCGCUCAGCAGAUGGAGUUGAUUGAUACAACGCUUCUGAAAUGCUAUUUAAUGACAAACGACGCAUUCGUCGCGCCCCUGUUACGUUUGAACAAUUGUCGUUUAGAGGAGGCCGAGAAGACAUUACUGCAACACGGCAAGCACAGCGAACUGAUAAUACUGUACCAAACUAAAGGGCAGCACACGAAGGCGCUGCAGCUGCUGCGGGAACAAGCCAAGCAGCCGGACUCCAGCCUCGAGGGAUAUCGGGGCACUAAGAACUACUUGCAACAGUUAGGUGCCGAGCAUAUAAAUUUAAUAUUCAAUUUUUCCGAUUGGAUUCUGAAAGAGAACCCCGAGGAGGGCCUUAAGAUAUUCACGGAAGAUAAAAUCGAAGUCGAAAACUUACCCCGUCCGAAAGUACUCGAUUUCUUACUGAGAGAACACGAAUCGCUUGUGAUACCUUACCUGGAACACAUAAUACACACGUGGAACGAUACGAAUCCAUUGUUCCACGACGCCUUAAUAAACAUGUACAGGGAGAAAAUAAUUAAUAAAAAAGCAAAUAUUACCGAAGAAGAAUUGCUGCAUACGAAGUCGAAGCUGUUGGCGUUUCUAGAAAAAUCGACUCACUACACGCCCGAGAGAGUGUUGCUUCAUUUCCCUACCGAUGGAUUGUUUGAGGAGCGCGCCGUGGUGCUGGGGAAGCUGGGACGACACGAAAUGGCGCUCGCAAUAUAUGUACUCAUCUUGGGGGACGUGGAAAGAGCGAUGCGAUACUGUGAAAACGUGAGUGAAAAUCUCAAGGACAAGAGUCAAGACGUUUACGUUAUCCUCAUGAAGAUAUUGAUGAAUCCCGAUCAGAUUGCCGCCCUUAGCGGACCGCUCGCCAACGUACCAAGACACCCGAAAACGUCAGUGCCCGAUCUAGAAACGGCUCUGGAUAUAUUGGAAAAACACGCUGACAAGAUCUCUCCCUUAAAAGCACUCGCAGUAUUACCAGAUUCGGUGCCGCUUAGCCGAUUGAAACACUUUCUGGAAAGCUCAUUAGAGGCUCAACUCACGUUGAAACGGAGAAUGCAAAUACUCAAAGGACUGUUGUAUGCGGAACAUAUGCAGGUCCAAGAGCUGAAGCAUUACCACGAAUCAAAGAGUGUAGUUAUAAACGACUACGACGUGUGUCAAGUUUGCAAGAAGCGCUUCGGUCAUCAGAGCGCGUUCGUGCGCUAUCCAAACGGUGACAUUGUUCAUUAUUCGUGUAGAAGCGAUAAAUAGAAUGUUACCGGCGUUUACCUAACUAAUACAAAAUGAAUUUCAGAACUGCUCUUCGUUUCUUGAUAGACUUUUUUUUUUUUUUUUUUUGUGCUAAUGAAUUCGCGAUCAUUCAGCCUACCUGAGAAUUAGUGGCUAGGCAAACUGCUGUCUACCGCAUAGGAAAUAAUUUGAAAGGAAACUCAUUUGCAGAGCCAAAAGCCUAAUAGCUCUGGAAAUGGCAUUGGAUGAUCGCUGUGGCUACCGGUGGUGGUGACGAACUUUGCUUCAGAGGCAAGUGAUGUGAUGGUGAAAAAUACGAUAUUAUUUCCAUCAAUUCGUUACAGCACUACCAAAAUUUAAAAUGAUGUUCAAAGCAAACAAUAUAAUAUAAUUAUUUGUUACGAAAAUAUUUAUUUUUGAUAUGUCUCUACUGUGAUAAUAUGAUUGUUAACUUAUGCCGCGAGUUGUAAGUAAUUCGUGACAGAAAUUACGUUCAGAAUAAAAUGUUCGUUAACUUAGGUUAUAUUUAUAAUGAAACAGCUAUCAUUGAACUAAGAACAGUUUUGUAAUAUUGUCAACGUCGAUAUGGUAUCUCGUUGGUGUAAAAAUGUUUAAAUACGCAACGAAUUGUAACGAGAGUUGCUGCCUCUAAUUUGAUAAAAGAGAAAAUCGACUAUUUUCCUUCGUGAUAAUAUAUAAAGAGAAUGCAAUAAUACAUUUUAUUUAAUAAUAAUAUAUUGUGAAUGAGUUUUUGUAUAAUAUGGCUAUGAUUUAGAAAUUUUAUUCAGUUUUCUAGCAUCCGACAAACGCAUUAUGUACACUCAUAUAUAGUGAGUUUCAAACAAGAACGUGCAAGUCAAUGACCUUGAUCUGUCAAAGUUCGACAAAAAAUUAUGGACAGCAACAAAAAAAAAA